AAACGCCGGUAGACAAGACACAGUUGAAUACACAAGGUGUGGUGUUAUACCCAAACUAGAACCAGGUGUGACGGUUCGCAGUUUUGAGUAGUGUCUUAAAGCAUCAACACUUAGAGGCUGGAUUUUUCGUGAAAAUUUUAUAUAAUCUUUGAUUCAAAGUCAUUGGGGCACCAACGCCUCAACAAAGCUCUAAAAUGGCGAUUCACGCCAAUUUGGCGUGCCAACUGUUAAUUCUACUGGCAAUGUUUAAGUAUGUCCAUCUUCAAGCUCAAGUUCAAUCAUCGGCUGUCAAUCCAUGUGAAGUAUAUAAUUUUACUACUGGACAAGUGUUGCUCACUAAAAAAAUUAGUGUAAGCAUCCAAGAAACAGACACACAAGCAACUCAAUCACAGAGUGUAAAUUUACCGAUAGGUGGAGGAAACAUACCGACACUAACUGGCUCUGAACAAAAUGACAGAGACACUUUAGAUCUAUAUGGAAUUUCUGUCAGCUUCAAUCCAUUAUCUGGAUACAUGACAUUGUUCAUUGAUAAGGAGAUUGAUAGAGAUGGUACCAGUCCUCUCAAUUUUGAUGAUUUAGAUGUCAUCUCAUUCCUUCUACAGUGUGUAUAUACGGAUACAGUGACAAGAACUUCAUUUAUAGAUGUGACUAUCACCGUGCUGGAUGAUAAUGACAACUUUCCCAUAUUUUCACAACCCGCAUAUUCAGAAACCAUUAAAGAGCAAACUCCAAUUGACACCACGGUUUUGGCUCAGAUUAGUGCAACUGAUCUAGAUGUUAAUGAAAAUAAGAAUCUUGUGUAUUCUAUCAUUGCAGGCCAGAACUAUAAUGGCGAGGAAAUUUUCGUUAUGCCACCUAAUGCUCAGGGAAGGAUUGUUUUAAAUAGACCAGUUGACUAUGAACUUUUAGACCAGAAUAAUGACUUAGAUUUCACUCUUACAGUACAAGCUACGGACAAUGCAGUUGAUCCAAAUGAGCGUAAAACGUCAACUGUUACAGUUACCAUAACAAUAGCUGAUAGUGAUGAUUUAAAUCCAACUUUCUACCACCCUGGUUGUCGUGAUACUUCAACUCUGGCAAAUUCCUGUGAUGGUGUUACGUAUCGUGCAUCUAUAACAUCUGGAGUUAGGGCAACUGAUCCAAUAGCAGUGAUACCAACAAUAUCUGGAGCAGAAACAACACCAGGACCCCUUAGUGCGUUUGAUCUUGACAAACUAAAUGCAGCAAUAGGCUUUGAAAUUAUUGGAACUCUUCCUUCUGGAUAUGAGAAUUACUUUACUGUUAGCACGUCACCUGCACCAGCAGAUGCAAAUCUUCCUGGUAGGAAUAUAUACACUGCCAGUCUGACACAGAACACAGCCAUUAACAGGAAUGUGGCCAAAUCGUUAGAUGUUUAUCUAAAGGCAAGGCAAACUGAUAACAGUGAGAGAUACCGUAUAGCAACUAUAAAAUUCCAAGUUGAACCAAAUAAUGCCAAUGAUCCAGUCGUGUCAAUAGUUACCGGUGGAACAACUGGAUAUAUCAAAGAAAAUGUCAAUUAUGGUACAAAUGUCCGUUCUGCAGCAGAUGGAGAGGCUUCCAUGCAGAUUCAAGUUACUGAUGCAGAUGUGGUUGAUGGAGAUGUCCAAGGCUACACAUACAAUAUUAUAACAUCAACACAAGUACCUUUUGCUAUCCUGCCAAAUGGAAAUGGUGAGACUGCCACUAUUUAUGCAACAGGACCAUUGGAUAGAGAGACUACACCUUCCUAUACUUUUACUGUUCGUGCAACAGAGGAUGUGGGUUCAUCUCCACGAUCAGGUAACCUCCAAGUCACAGUUAUUGUUCAAGAUGAAAAUGAUAAUCGACCUGUUUUCACUGGAACUGAUUACACAAGAACAAUUACAGAAGGGGAUUAUAGUGGUUUGGGCAAUAGAAUUCUCCUGUCUGAUCAAAUUCGAGCAACUGACGAUGAUGUUGGUGAUAACGCAUUGAUCUCCUACAGUAUCAAGAGUGUACGAGUAACAACAGGUUCUGUUACUGCUCAAGAUCUUACUAAUAUUUUGGCGAUUGAGAAUGGAAAUGUUUAUUUGAACGGAGCAGUUGCUGCUGGGCUUACAUUUGUUGUGUUUGUUGAAGCCUCUGACAAUGGUGCCAUAAAACCAAGGACAGAGGUUGCUAGUUUGACAGUUACAGUGGUUGGUGAUGGAAACAAUCCUCCUGUGUUUGGUGCUAAUAACUUUGUAACACAAGAGAGUGAGGCUGCACCAGGCCAAUCAUUGGUCAUGACUCUCACUGCCAAUGACAGGGAGGAUUCAACAUUAAACUAUGCUAUUACCUCAUAUACAACAGGAACUGAUAAAUUUGAUAUAGGAAUUAACAACGGAGAAAUUCGAAUCACUGGACCAAACUCUCAACAGCCAUUGGACUUUGAGACAGAGCCUGUAAUAGUGUUUAUUGUUACAGCUACAGACAGUUCAAACUUGGUUGGUACAACAACAGUUACAGUGCAGGUAACAAACGUGAACGAUAAUCCUCCUCAAUUCACAUCUACAAGCUAUGUGUUUAAUGUGGAUGAGGGGCAAAGUAAUGCAGUUGUUAACACCAUCUCUGCCAAUGACCUUGAUGGUGACACUGUAAGCUACCAGCUAAUCGACACAACAGCAUUUGGCAUUAAUGCAGGAUCUGGUGAGAUUCGAACUUCAGUAGCUCUGGACUAUGAAACACAGUCACAGUAUGUAUUUUUGGCUCGAGUAAUUGAUAGUGGGAAUCCCAGCUUAUCAAGUACAGUGCAAGUGACAGUGAAUGUUAAUGACCUCAAUGACAAUAUACCAUUGUUUGUUGAUCAGAUUUACAAUGGUGUAGUUGUUGAAGGACAAAGCGGUAUCGCUGUUACAAGAAGUGGAUCAACUGAGAAUCUUCAGGUUGUGGCCACUGAUGCUGAUGCCACUGAUCAGAUCACAUACAAGUUCCAAAUUUUGCCGAAUAAUGACUUCAGCAUUGACCCUAUCACAGGUGUUAUAUCAACUGCUCGUGCUUUGGAUUUUGAGACACAAUCCACUUAUUCUUUCUACGUUACAACAACACAAGGAGAAUCAACAGCUCAGAAUUCACCAAACAGUCAAGCUCGGGCACUUGUUAACAUUAAUGUCAUAAAUGUCAAUGACAAUCCUCCAAUAAUUGGUGCAACAAAUCCCACUAGAGAUUUACCAGAAGAUUUCGUUGAAUAUUCCUCAAGUCAAAACAUUCCAAGAGAAAUCAAUUUUGGUAUUUUCGGAACAGAUCGUGAUGCUCCAGGUGCUGGAAAUAAUCAGAUAGAUUAUUCUAUUGCAUCUGUGACCCCACUUUCAGCUCAGGGCAAGUUUAUCAUAUACGAAAAUUCUAACCUCGUCACUGUUAUUGGCACUUUGACUGACGAUUUUGCUGGACCUAUUACGCUUACUAUCAGAGGUACAGAUAAAGGAACACCUCCUCGACCAGAUAAUGAUGACCUUAAAGUCACAAUCAAUGUGAUACGUAACUCAGCACCACAAACCAACCCUGCCAUCAGUAGUACUGAAAACAUUAAUGAUAAUAUAGGAACUAAUACUGUUGUGUCAUCCUUCACACUUAUUGACAAUGAUCUGGAGGUUAGAUUUCAAGAGCUGUCAGUGGAAUUCAUUGGUGAGGCAGACUCCAAGAGGUUUUUCAGUUUUAACAGACGUUUUAAUGAUGACAGUAUUAUUGAUAUUUCCACUACCAAUGAACCUUUGACAGCAGAUGAUGCCCUCCAGUACAUUCUAUUGUUUAGAGUCACAGAUGGAGCUUAUGGUGAUGCCAAAAAAUCAACAGAUUAUACACUAACAUUGAAUGUAGAUAGGAACAGAAAUAGUCCAGAAUGGCUCUCUACAUUUACUGCACCUAUUAGAAUCCCUGAAAGCCUGGAUCUUAGUAAUCCAGUAGCUUUCAUCAAUAUCAGGGAUCUAGAUCUCAGUGAACCCCAUAAUUUGAUGGACUGCAGAAUUAUCCAGGAUCAAACUGCUAUAGAAUAUUUCCGAACAGAAACUGACAACAAUCUUGAUAGAUGCAACAUCUACAUGAAGAGAUCACCAGCUCGUGACAGAACUUUGAACACAUUCAAUGUGGAAUUGAGUUUGACAGAUAGAGGUACACCAACACCGAGAUCGGCUUCACCUCUAAAUCUUGUUUUCGAAAUCACCCGAAAUGAUGAAGCUCCGAUAUUCUUUGAUCUGGUUUCUGGACUGUUUUUAGCAACUAUUAAUGAAAAUAGUGCUAUCGGAAGCGAAGUAAAGACUGUUUCAGCCUCAGACUCUGAUCCAGAUACUGAGAACAACCAAAUUUCAUACAGGAUUGUUGCAGGUGCAGAUCAGUACUUUUCGAUUGAAUACUUAUUUGAUAAUGGAAGACAUCUAGGCGUGGUGAGAGUAAAGGGGGAUCUGAGACAAGACCCUGCCACCUUAUACCAAGUAAUAAUAGAAGCCUCUGACAAUGGACUAUUCAGAAGAAGUGCAACAGCAACAUUGUUGGUGACAGUGAGAAGAAAUUUCCAAACUCCUGCAUUUACAUCUGGAUCUUUGAAUAUAGAUGUUAUAAUUGCAGAGGAUAAGGAGCUAGGUGUUGGUAUUGCAGAGCUAUCUGGCACUGACGGUGACUUACAUUCACCAAACAAUGUGACUAACUUCAGAUUUUCUCCAGCAUCUGUUGGACAAGAUUAUUUCCAGGUCAAUCCUGAAACUGGUAUCAUAUCUGUACUGAAAGAUUUGAAGGCAGACCCUCAAAGAAGAACUGUUUUUACGCUUCAGUUUCAAAUAUACGAUCUCGGAGAACCAGAACUAUCAAACACUCAGACAGCCACUGUUACUGUUAGAGUAGUGAGGAAUAAUGCACCAGGAUUUACCGAACCUCAGAAGUCUGCAGUAGUUGAUGAAGAUGAUCCAGUGCCAACAAAUCUGGGAUCAUUCACUUACUUUGACUCUGACACGACAAAUGGACUAAAUGGAAAGUUCUCUACUCUAAGUUUUGACAUUGUGUAUCCAAAUGGUGCAGACAACUUCUUUAGCCUUGUGAAUGAGCCAAACUCCAAUACACUGACAGUACAGACAAAUCGCCUGUUGCAGGAAAUUAACAACCCAAAUAGAGUGAAUGAAUGGGAUCUUGUAUUACAAGUGAAAGAUGAUGGUGGUCUAACAGGGACAACAAGGCUUACUGUGAGGAUAAACAGAAACUUGUACCAACCUGUAAUGGCAGAAUCAUCCAUGUCAGUCACAAUUAAAGAAGACCUAGCUGGUGGAGAAACAUUUGGUGAUCCAGUUACGGCAACAGAUUCAGACACUUCAUCUCCAUACAAUGUACCAGAAUAUUAUAUUGCUGGAGGGUCGCAAGGAGCUACAAAUUUCUUUGAUAUAGACAAAGCUACUGGAAGGCUUUUUGUUAAACGAAAACUUUACACUUCUGGUAAACCAACCUCUGACUCUACAUACACUCUAAACAUUGGAGCAAGAGAUAGUCAGGAUCUUCAGUUGACUUCUGUGACCAACACUCAGUAUACUAUUAAUGUAUUGCGAAAUCUCGAGGACCCUGUGAUAGCCAAUGCUGCUACUGAGAGAAUUUCUAUUUCAAAAAGUGAACAACCUGGAAUUAUUAUGACAGUCACUGCAACCGAUGCUGAUGAGACAAGAAGGUUCCCAUUCAAUGAUAUAACAUUCAGUAUGCCAUACUAUGAGGGAAAUAUGUUCAUCAUCAAUACAGUGAAUGGACCUGUUGCAGGAACUAAACAAGGCACAGUUCAGCUUGUAGGAAAUCUUAAUACAGGCCUAUCUGAAUACUUUUUGGACAUUUAUGCAUGUGAUGGCGGUCCAGUUCCACGAUGUGAUGUUAAAUAUUUGACAGUAUCUGUAGAUAGCAACUUGUCACCACCAGUCAUCACCAGACCUGAUGCUACAAAUAAUUACAGAGACACUGUUGUUAUACUAGAAGAUAUUUCAUCUACUAACACUGUCUAUGACAUUGAUGCUACAGAUGGGGACACAACUAGUCCAUUUGGUGAUGUUACAUUUGAAAUAGUUGAUCCUACAAAUACUGAGGCUAAGGAGCAGUUCAUUGUCAAUAAUGAUGGUGUAAUCAAUAUCAGAAAAUCUUUAAUUGGAGUUGCCCAGGAUAACUUUGAGUUACAUGUACAAGCAGUGGAUGGAGGUGGAAGGAGGUCUCAGGUUACUGCUAUAAUCACAGUAAUCGUUCGUAGAAAUGAGUUCCCACCAAUUUUUGUGAGCUCUGCCACUAACCAGUAUCCAUAUGCUGUAACAAUUGAGUAUACAAGACAGGCAGGUUCAACAGUGGUAGAUGUUGAUGCUGUGGACAACAGGGACACUUUCAACAUAGUCAAAUAUAGACUGAAUUCAGCAUAUAGCCAGUACUUUGGUAUUAACAUCGAUACUGGUGUUAUCAUAUUGACUGGAGAUCUGAGUGACACUGCUGUUUCCUCGGUUACACAGUUUAGUCUUCUAGUGACUGCUUUUGAUAACGGUACACCAAGUCUGGAGAACAUAACAACAGUUAUAGUGAAUGUGAACCGCAAUCAGAAUUCACCAAGGUUUGCCAUUACCAGCUCUAUAAAAAGAUUAUCGGAAGAGACUGCCCUUGGCACUCUAGUGGAAACAGUCAGUGCUGCAGAUGAUGACCUUACAUCACCUUACAAGGAUGUGUACUACACACUGGUUGGUAGUACAAAAGCCCAGCAGUUCUUUUCAGUAGACCGUAAUAAUGGGCAAAUUACUGUAAAAGCUAAUUUGCAAGGAGAUGUUGAUCGUCAAGCUAGUUAUGAGUUGAGAGUGACAGCUGUAGAUGGAGAUGGUAGGCAAUCUAUCAACACAGCAACAGUCCGAGUCAAUGUUUACAGAAACAAUAAUAAUCCUUUCUUUACUGGUACUACAAGACUGAUUAAUAUAAAUGAAGACCUAGGAACUGGAACUAGUGUAUUCCAGUUUUUCUACAGUGAUGUAGAUCCGGAUAGGCCUUUUGGAGCUGAAGAUCUUACAAUUGAGCCAGUGGGUGAUUUUGGUGCAACCAAUUACUUUAACUUGGACCGAACUACAGGUGUUCUUUCUGUUGCCCAAAACAUUGCACAACAAGAAUCUGAUGUUUUCUAUUACCGUGUGAAAGUAGCCGAUGGUGGCAAUCCACAAAGAACAUCAACCACAGUACUUACCAUAAAUGUUAACCAGAACUUAAAUACUCCUGAAUUUGAUACAACUGGUGGUCCUUGUUCCAGAGAAUUUUCAGAAGACACAGCUCCUGGCUCAUUUAUAGCUUCAGCCACUGCAACAGAUUCUGAUCCUAAGGCAAGAUACAACACACCAACAUACACGUUAGAAUCAUUGAAUGAUGAUGAUCACACAUAUUUCUCUAUCAAUGAAGUCACAAAUAAUGGAAGAAUUAUAGGACAAAUAACCCUGGCUAAAGAUUUGAAGGAUGAUCUAUUAGAUCGGUCAUCAUAUACGAUCCAAGUUUUUGCUAGCGAUGGUGAAAGGACUUCACAGCCACUGACAUGCACAUUCACAGUUUAUAGGAACAAUAAUUCACCCAGGAUAACAAAUACCAACUUUGAAACCACCAUUAAUGAGAACCACACUUUGUUUACUGACACUGUGUUUGACCUUAAUGCAGAGGACAUUGAUGAUAGGGCUCCAUACAACUCGCUAUCAUACAGAAUUACGUAUGAUGCUGAUGCACAGCGUAUAUUCAAUAUAAAUAAUCUCGGCAAUAUAACUGUACAACAAAGUCUUCUAGUGGAACCACUCAACCAGUAUAAACUGUAUAUUGAAGUGGCUGAUGGGGCAGAUGUGCCAAGAGUAGCAAGUGCUACUGUGACAGUAAACAUUCGACGGAACUUCUAUGAACCACAACUUGGUGUUAAUGAAAAUUCCAAUAUUAAUGUAGAAAUUUCUGAAGUUUCAUCAGAAGGAUAUCUUGUAGUUGACUUGAAUGCUCGAGAUUUGGAUAGAAUUCCACCCUACAAUGAAGUGAGAUAUGUUCUUACAAGUGUUACAAGUACAACUCCAACUCAAAACAUUGCAAUGCCAUUUAUACUGGACAAUGACAAUGGACAGAUUACUGUCAAGGGAUCACUCCUGAAUCCACCAAGUCUUAAUGACUAUACUCUUACAAUUGGAACUCAAGAUGGUGCCCCCAAUCCAAGAACCGGUGUAACAUACACUGUUACAAUUACUAUAUAUAGAAAUACAUUCAGACCUGAAAUUCUUAAUGUAGAUGACACUGCCUCCAUUGACUCUUCUUUAAGUGCAGGACAAUUUGUUUAUGAUUUUGAAGCACGUGACAAUGACACAAGGAAUCAAUUCAACCAAUUUGGAUUUUACCUUAGUAGUGUUUACCCAGUAUCUAGUGUAUUCAGUGUGGAUAGGGAAACUGGUGUUGUAAGCUUGAACAGAGAUAUCAACACUGAUCCUCAUGAACAAUACUUAAUUCAGGUUGAAGUACGUGAUUCUGGAAAUACGUAUAUUGUUGGGCGUCCAUAUCUGUCAGCAUUUAAAACUAUAAGUGUUACUGUGAAUCGCAAUGCUGGUGCACCUACAUUUGUUCCUGACACCUAUAACCCAACAGAAAUUACAGAACAUUUUCCAACGUCAGUUGAUAUCCAGAGAAUUACACUGACCGACCCUGAUGGUGAUGCAGUCGAGAUGAUGGUGGACUACACAAAAAAUAAAGCUGAUUACUUUAGAGUUAAUGGUGACAUGCUUCAGCUGAUAAAGCCACUAUAUGAAGAUCCAGAUAAACCCACACUGUACACAGUUAUUAUAAAUGGAAAUGACAUGAGAGAUCCAAAGAAUCCAGCAACCAAUACUGCAACUGUUAGUGUAAGAGUAGAUAGAAACGACUUCCCACCAGAAUUUCUUAAUUUGCCAUAUACUGGAAGUGUAACACGAAACACUGCAAAUGGUACAGUUGUAAGAAGAGUUUCAUGGAGGGAUAAUGAUUUAACAGCCCCCUAUGGAGAAGUGACAGUUUCAGUUUAUGCAGGAUCAGGCUAUGCAGAGCAGAUCUUCAGAUUGACCAAUGUUGUAGGCAAUGCUGGAGAUAUUGUUGUAUAUAAUGACCAACUUCUGGCUUCUGAUGAUGCAUAUGAAUAUACAUUACACCUACAAGCUGUGGAUGGUGGUCCAGAUCCUAAUUAUGCAAAGGCUGAUGUAGAAAUUAGUGUAGAUAGAAACCUGCUUCCACCAACAUUCAGUCUACCACCUAGUGCUAGCCGAUAUGUGGUCAAUGUGGAAGAAACCAAGCCAGUUGGAACUGAAAUUUUAACUGUAUCAGCAACUGAUCUUGAUCCUAAGGCACCUAACAACCAAUAUAAGUUCUAUGAAGCGGCUCCGAAUGACUAUGUGAAAAUAGAUUCAGAUGGUAUUAUCCGUGUUAAGGGAGAUUUGACCGUUCCUACCUCACCAUUGAUUUACAACAUAUAUGUUGAAGAUGAAGGAGCAAAUAGAAGGCGAUCUGAUGUUCAAGUUCAAGUGAAUAUCCUCCGUGACUCUGCAAAUUUGAGAUUUCAGGUCAACUCUUAUAAUGGUCAAAUUGGUGAAGCUGUUCCAACAGGAUUUACCAUCCUCACCGUUCGUACAAUCCCUGAAGAUGGUGUGACAUUUACUGUGGACAAUGACAAAUAUCUGACUGCAGCUGUUUACUUCAAUAUAAAUGCUACAACAGGGGUGAUAUAUGUACAGAAAAGUUUGUUGGAAGACCUUGCAAGAGAAACACUUUAUACUUUGAAAAUUAGAGCAACACGUAUGUUUGAGGUAACAGAGCAGUCAAUUACAACUGAUGUACCAAUUGAAGUAAUCAGAAACCCGAAUGCCCCAACUAUCACAUCGCCUACCCAAUGUUUUGCAUUUAUUUCGGAGACAACAGCACAGGGCACUGAAGUUGUUGAUAUUGAUGCCACGGAUAAUGAUCAGAUUGAUGUUCCCAACUUGCGUUACUCAAUAGAGGAAUCAUUACUGAACGAUCACUGGAAAUACUUCUUUAUUGAUCCCAAAUCAGGUGUAGUCAGUCUUAAAACAUACUUGGACACACCAGGUUUUAAUGUAGGGACAUUCCAAUUCAGAGUAAAAGUUGAAGAUAUGAGAGGAAAGUUUGACAAUAUAGACUGCACAAUUACUGUUGGCCGCAACCUUCAAAGUCCACAAUUCAUCAACAAUCCACCAUACACUGCAGAGAUACCAUUUAAUCAACCUUUGAAUGAAAACUUUGCCUUCCCAGAGGCAGUGGAUAAUGAUUUACAAGGGAAUAUUGUGUAUAAGAUAAUAGGGUAUGAUGCAGCUCCACAAUACUUUGGCAUUACAUCACCAAAUAAAGAUGGACCAGGUUCUGUGUUUGUAAAGUCACCAAUGCUUGCUAAUGAUCUGACUCUUACUUAUGUGAUUGGAUUACAAGCCUAUGAUAGUGUAUUAGAGAGUGACUUUGCUUCUACAAACCUAACAGUUACUGUGAACAGAAAUCCAAAUGCUCCAGUCUUCACCACAACAAACUACAAUUCAAUUGUUAAUGAAUAUGAAGCGUUUGGUAAUGUUGUUGUGCAAAUAUCAUCAUCAGAUGCUGAUGGGCAUGCUGUGACUUACCGAAUUGUAUCUCCGAACCCACAAGAGUUUCAAGAAUACUUCUAUAUUGACCAACAGGCAUCAACAAUAAAUGUUAAACAGAGCCUUUUGAUAGCACCAGAAGAUGUGUACAGUGUAACAUUAGUAGCUGUGGACAAUGGAAUCCCUUCACGUUCUUCAAUUGCCCAAGCUAAUGUUAUUAUCAAUAUCAAUCGCAACGAAUUCUGUCCAACAUUUGAUGUUCCAGUAGGGGGAUUAAGAGGUGUAAUACCAGAAAAUGCUGGAACUGGUACACAAGUUAAUGUGCAAAUAUCUGUUUCUGAUCUUGAUACUAGAGCACCUUACAAUGUAAUAGCUAUAUCCAUGAUGGGUGAUGCUGAUGCCAUUCAGUUUUUCGAACUUAAUCAAACAUCCAACACACAAGCCAUAAUCAGGACUAGAACUAAUCUUGAUGUUGCCACGGAAACAAUAUACAGGGCUGUUCUUAUGGUGACGAAUCCAAUUGAUCCAACAUGUAGAGUGUCCGCUACUGUCACAUUGAGUGUGAAUCGUAACCUUGAGUCUCCCCAGUUCACACAGAAUGAGUAUGAUGCUUCCAUCCCAGAAACAGAGGCAAAUGGCAACCAAGUUCUUACAGUUAGAGCCAAUGAUGGUGACAGACUUGCACAGUAUAGGACAACAACAUACAGACUCGAGAAUAUUGUAGGAGAGGUAGAUACUAGAUACUUUGAUGUUGACAACAAUGGAAUCAUUUAUGUAGAUAAUAAUCUUUACAUGGAUGGUGCAGACACUACCCCAUACAGGUUUAGAGUUGUAGCCGGUGAUGGUGGAAAUCCAAGUCUUGAAGAUACAGCAACUGUAACAAUAACUGUAUGGAGAAACUACUUCGCUCCUCAGUUCCAAAACACAGAAACAUACGAGGAGACAAUAGCUUUUAACACCCAGGGUGUUCUCAUAUCCAAUGCUAUUAAUGCAGCUGAUCGAGAUUCUGCUGAUUGGGCACCAUUUAGAACAGUGACAUACAACAUUGUUGGACUUCUAGAUUCAUACAGGACUAUUUUCAGUGUGAACCCUAAUACUGGUGCUUUGAGUCUUAAUGCUAGACUUACUGGAAACAUCCAAUCUCUAUACAAUAUCCAAAUCGAAGCUUGCGACCAAGGGGUGCCUCAGUUGUGUGAUAUUGCUGUGUUUAAAUUGUCCAUCAAUUUCAAUCUGAACAAUCCAGAAUUCAUAUCAACAUCAUGUGGACAACAACUGUUGGAGACAAGACCGGCAGGAAAUAUUCUAGAAACAAUUACAACCAUAGAUAAUGAUAAUGAUAUAUAUGGUGAAGUACAUUAUACUUUAGCUGAAUCAACACCAGGUGCUUUAGAUUAUUUCGAUAUAACUAGGAAUGGUGAAAUUUUCCUUAAGAGAUCACUGGUUGGAAGUGGAACAGAUACAUAUGAGUUCAGUAUAAGUUUGGCUGAUGGAGAUAAUAAACCUUCACUGACAUCAUUAACAUGUACCUACACCGUCAUACGUAAUAACCACUCCCCUGUGUUUGUUAACCUGCCAGCAACACGGGAGAUAACAUCUAACCUCGUACAGAAUGCUGAUAUUUUCGAUGUUGAUGCUACAGACCAAGAUCCUUCAAAUACACCAUUUGGAACAUUGACUUAUUCUAUUUGGAGUAAAUCAGGAGCAUUUGAUAUCAAUUCUGUGACAGGUGUCAUCAGCCUGGCAAGGUCUCUCCCAGCACUCACCUCAUCAUCUGGACUUGGGUUGUAUGUAACAGUUUCUGAUGGUGGCAAUCCCCGAAAAUCGAAUAUGUCAAUUUUAGAACUUGUUGUUCAGUCUAACUUUGAGACCCCAACCAUUACACAAGCUGUGUCAAAGAAUGUGCUAGAGACAUUUGAUAUUAAACAGGCAAUUUUCACUAUGGAAGCUAUUGACCGUGAUCUGCCACCAAACAAUGUUCAACGUUUUGAUAUUGACUCAUCGUCUGAGACAGCAGUGUCUGAUUGUUUCCGUAUUGAAAACAAUGGUGAAAUUUAUGCUAAAUCUGCUCUUUACACCCCACCAUGUAACCAAUUAGAUGAAUACACUAUCUUUGUCACUGCCACUGAUGGAGGUAAUCCACCAAGGACAUCACUACCUCAAACUGCUCGCUUGAUAAUCACACGCAAUGAAUUUCCUCCUGUUUUCCAAAAUUUACCAGCUGUUGCAAAUCUGCGAGAAGAUGCCGCUUCCGGAGCAAGCGUUAUUGAUGCUUUUGCUACAGAUGCAGACACUGUGAAUCCAUUCAACAACAUCACAUACAGCAUCAAUGAAGUUACAGGAUCUUUCUUUGUGAUAGAUCCAAUAUCUGGAAGAAUAUCCAUCAGACCUGCUCUUGCUGAUCAUCCACAGUUAACAUACAAUGUACUUGUCAGUGCUACAGAUGGUGGUCCCAUUCCAAAAUCUGAUCAUGAAUAUCUAACUGUACGUAUAGCAAGAAAUCUAUUUGCACCAGAGAUUGACCAAGCAUUAUAUCAAUGGGAGAUUCAAGAAGAUUUAAGUGUUAACUCUCUUGUCAACACGAUAACAGGCAAAGAUGAUGACGACAAGGCUCCAUGGAAUCAGUUCAUUUUUAGAAGCACAGGAACAGCAUUAGGUGAAGAUUACUUCGAUUUGAACUCCGAUGGAACAGUAACUGUUAGACAAGCCUUAUAUGGAGAUAAAACAAAUGUUUAUGUGUUGAAUGCAGUAGCUGUAGAUAACAAUGGUAACACUGAUGGUCAAGUGAGCCAACAAGCAAGAAUUGAGAUAACUGUCAUCAGGAACAACCAAUGUCCAACUUUCCAGAAUGUGCCGGCACUAGCACCAAUAGACGAGAGUCAAACACCACAAACCCUUAUAACCUUGUCUGAUUUCGUUGUAGAUUCAGAUCCAGAGACACUUAUAUUCGGUCAACACAAUUUCAACUUGAUAAAUGAAAACAACAUUGGUGCUCUAUUCAGUAUAAAUUCAGCAACUGGUGAACUUAGAACACAAUCAAGUCUUUAUUCUGAUGAUGAUCUAACAUACCCAAUUAGAGUUACUGUUAGUGAUAGGGGUCCGUCAGCCUGCACAUCAACUACUGUGGUAACAGUAAAUGUCAACCGAAAUUUGGUCGGACCUGUAUGGACUAAUACAAAAAUUGGUACCACUGAUGAGUAUGAAUAUAGAAUAAGUGAAACUCUCAACCCAAAUACACCAUUCUUUUCUAUCUCUGCCACUGAUGGGGAUAGCAAGGUUCCACACAGAACUGUGAAUUACGAAGUGGUUACAUCAACCAAUCUUUUUGGUGUGAGAGCAAGCACUGGUGAAAUUUACUUACUUGUCAGCCAACUUGGACUUACCCAGGAAGUAUAUCAGUUUGAUAUUGCUGCCUAUGACCUUGGUACACCAUCUAAUAGGAUCAGUGGUAAGAUGACAUUAAACGUAGAUCGCAAUAGAUUCCCUCCAGAAAUCACCAACUUGUAUGCCAUUGAGGACCUGAUUGAAAGCACUCUAGCCAGGCCUGACCAGUCCAUCUUCAGGGUUACAGCUCGUGACAAUGAUACUAUCCCUCCAUUCAAUGAAGUUACAUUCAGUCUGAUAGGAGAUGGUUUGGCUCCACAAUUCUUCAGUGUGGCCAGUGAUGGAAAUGUUUACCUCACAAGAUCUCUCGAGACUGAUAAUAGCUUUAAUACAAUACAGUUGAGAAUACAAGCACGUGAUGGAGGGCCUUCACCAAGAACAGAUACAGAGCUUCUUGUUUUCAACAUAUUAAGAAACAGGAAUGCUCCAACAUUCCAAAAUCGUGCAUACAAUGUUCGUAUCUUAGAGACAAAAACAACAGGGGUUGAGCUAGUGACUGUUUCUGCUACAGACCCUGAUGAAGAGUCACCAAACAAUGACGUUGACUAUAUCCUUGAUGCUGCCACAAACAAUGUUAACAUCAGUGAAUUCUUCAAUGUCGGACGGAGGGCUAGUGCAAAUGGAGACUUAGGUAUUUUGUCCUUGAAGAGGUCAAUGAGGGAAUAUCCAAACUCAAAUGCUGAAUUUUCAGUUACAGUAAAUAUUCUAGCACGAGACAGAGGAACUCCAGCAAAUCAAUCUCCACUUGCAGCGCAGGUUGUUGUCACGGUAAUCCGUAACACAGCACCAAGAUUUAUUAACACAGAUCAAAACGAUGCAUACCAGUCAGGUGGCAUACAGAUGGAUCUACCGGCAGGAAGCACAGUGUUCCAGACUACAUAUUUAGAUACUGAUACUGAUUCUCCAUUCAAUAGACUAGAGUUUGCUAUCAAGGCAGAUAAUAUAGCCAUGUCUGUGUUUGAUAUCACUUCAAAUGGAAGGGUUAUUACCAAGCAGGGUGUCAAUCUAGAAACACAACCAUAUAUAGAAUAUAAUCUACUACUGGAGAUUAAGGAUGGUGGCUCACCACCCCUUACAGACUAUGCAAGCUUGUAUGUGUUUGUGGAGAAGAACCUUUUCCCACCUGUGUUUGAAAACAACAACCAGAACCUAGAAGAGACUAUAGAUGAAAGUUUACCUUCUGGAACUACUGUACUCACUGUCAAAGCGGAAGAUAGUGAUGUUUAUGAGCCAAACAACCAGUUUGACUAUGAAUUGAAUGACAGAAAUAGUGGCAGUGGACACAGCAAUUACUUUUCUUUGGAUAAGAAUGGGAAAUUAAUCCUAAUUGAAAGUGUUCUAAACACAAACAUACCAAAUGAUGAGCUUCUGUUGAGAGUAUUUGCUAGAGACAAAGGAACACCUCAAAAGUCAGCUUUUAUAGAUGUAACAGUUAUCAUAAACCGGCUGGAGGGAACUUUGCAAUUUUCGUCACCAAAUUAUGAAAGAACAAUAGACGAAAGCCUAGCUGUUGAUUCCACUGUUCUGCAAACAAGAGCUUCACCAGGAGCAAACAUCCAAUAUAGUCUUCAAGAUGGCCUUUUUGGUAACCAGUUUUUCAAAGUUGCAUCAAAUGGAGACAUUUUAGUUGCUACUGAUCUUACAACAGAUAUUAACCGUGAACGACCAACCUACACUUUGACAGUUGUGGCAAAGAAAGAAGAAUUGGGCAUUACCCAGACUGCAACAGCUGGUGUAACCAUCAAUGUUAGACGUAACCAGAAUCCACCCGUGUUUACAUUUGACGUUUAUUCUGGACAGAUCUAUGAAAAAGCAGAUCUUGCCUCCAAUAGAGACUUGCAGCUAGAUAAUCCUAUCCUAGCCACAGAUGCUGAUAAUGAUGUAGUAACAUACAGGAUAGUAUCUGGUGUCAGUUCUGAUAAGUUCUGGAUAGAUAGGUCUUCUGGCCGAUUUUUACUCCUUGGCUCUUUAGAAGGGGAGACAACCUCUGUUUAUAGGAUAACAAUUGAAGCCUCAGACAAUCGUAAUCCUCCUAAAACGGACACAUCUGUUGUUGAAAUCACUGCUAUUCGAGAUGCAUUUCCACCACGAUUCACCAACUUGCCUGCCACGGCUCCAGCUAUUUUGGAAACAAGAGUAGACACUGAUGGUGAAUUUUUCACCAUUUCUGCAACGGAUUCUGAUCUGAAGGGAGUGUUGACAUUUGAAGUAGUAGGAGAUGACUAUGCACCAGCUUUGUUUGAACUGGAAGUUGUAGGAGACACUGCUCGUGUUUCAGUAAAACCAGCUAGCAGACUGCGACAAGAUUUUGACGAUCAGUAUAAUUUACGAGUGCGAGUAUUUGACAGUGAUUACCCUGCAAAUUAUGAUGAAGAUGUACUGUUGAUUGAUGUGACACGUAACCCAUCUAGGCCUAGCAUCCUUGACAUUGGCAAUCUUCAAGCUGAGAUCUGGGAUACCCAUCCAACUGGAGCUUUUAUAUUAGAUGUAAAUGCUACAGAUACUGAUGGUGAUGCACUCAUUUAUAAGAUAGUUGACCAAGCCAGCAAUAUAUUUUACUAUAUUAAUCCAACAACUGGAGUAAUUACAUUGAAACAGAGUUUGUUAGGAUCCUCUCAAACAACUAAUCAGGUAUCAUUGGAGGUGUGCGAUAAUCGUGGUCAGUAUGCAAAGUGUGCAAGUGCAUUUGCCACAAUAACAAUCAAGCGGAACUCAAACUCUCCAACUUUCCUUGAUAACUACUUCCAACUUAUCGACAGACUUACACAAGCAGGAACAUUUGUCAUUGACACUGAUGCUUCUGAUUCAGAUUUAAGGGGUACACUGGUAUAUGAAAGAACAGGACGAUUUGAUUCAUCCAAUUCCUUCUUUGACUUAGACAGAAACAAUGGUACCGUCAGAACCAUUAAAGAUAUUGCUCUUGAUGGAACAAAUAAUCAGCUAUACUUGAUGGAGAUUGUAGCCUAUGACAGCUUCUAUAUGAACGACAGAGCAACUGCCACAGUGUCUGUCAGUGUGAAUAGAAAUCCAGACUCUCCAGCAUUCAGAGAUAAUAAUGGAAACAAUUACUUCAAAUCUAUUGAUGAAAUGCAUGAAGUUGGAACAGUUGUACUUCGCCUAAAUGCCACAGACACAGAUGGGGACAAAGUAACAUUUGUCAGACAUGCAAACUGGGAACAACUUGACCUUGAUACUUUCUACCUAAACAAGGACACAGGUGAAAUCCUCCUAUCAAGAACAUUAGAUGACGCUUCUGUAACCAGUAGAUAUCAGUUCCAAGUACGAGCAGAAGACUCUGUUGAUGCUCCACUAACUAAGUCAGCAAUUGCUACGGUAACCAUUGAGGUAGUAUUUGACACUCCACCACGGUUUGAUGCAGCCAACUACACUGCUACUGUUCUAGAGACAAGAAAUAUAGGCUAUGAAAUAACAGCAGAAAUUGAAGCAGUUGAUCCGGAUUCAUUUGCUGGAGAAAUGGUUUACAAAAUUGUUGGAAACCUGCGCUCACCAUAUUUCUUUGAUAUUAGACGGGAUCCAGUAACCAACAAAGCAGUUGUAACUCUGAAAAACAGUCUUCUUGGUGAUCCAGUAACUAAUUAUGAUGUGCUGAUUGAAGCCUAUGACUCGAACUAUCCUAAUAAGAAAGUUUACACACACUUGUUUAUAAAUGUGGUCCGUAAUGUGUUCACACCUCAAGUUAAUAGUGCUACUAUAAACAUCUUUGAUUAUCACGAUCCUAGAAUCAUGAUACAUCAGAUGACUGCAACAGAUGGUGAUGGGGAUGAAUUAGUGUAUUCCAUGAGUGGACAAGGUGUACCUGAAUUAUUUGAUAUUGAUUUUCUGGAGGGAGGAAUCUAUGUAGUUGGAAACCUACGCUAUAAUGGAACACAGGUUUUCCAAACUACCGUGUUAGCUAGAGAUAGGCGAACACCAGAAAAGACCGGUACAGCUCAGAUCACAAUCAGAGUUGAGUAUGAUGAUAAUGCACCACGAAUUGAAAACGCAUUAAAUGGUGUCAUCACAGGAUUCAUCAGUGAAAAUGUUGAGAUUGGAACAAGCAUAGAAAAAAUUACUGCUGUAGAUCAAGAUAUCAUUGAAGAUGGCGAGGGCAAUAUUGUAUACGAAUUACUGCCAGGUUCAGUAAGUGAAGGUUACUUCACGUUACUUCCAAAUGGUGAAAUACGAACUGCAAGAUCAUUUAAUACUUCCCAGCGAAACAUAUUUCAAUAUGAUGUUACUGUGGCAGCUUAUGACAGUAGAUAUCCUGAGAUUCGUACCGAAGUUAUAUUGAGGGUAACAGUGAACAGGAAUUUGAAUGGACCAGAAUUUAACCCUGCAAGUUACAGAUUUGAAAUUGAUGAGACUGUACCAAGGUUUACAUCGAUUGGACAAGUCUUCGCUGACGAUAGAGAUAUUUUGGAUAUAGUUACAUUCUCUGCAUCUGGAAACGGAUUGUUUGAUGUGGACCCAGCGUCAGGAGUGAUAUCUGUGAUAGGAGAUGUCUUAAAUGAACCAACACGGGCAACACAAUAUACUCUAUCAGUUACUGCAUCAGAUAACUUUGUACCAAAUACACAGACACGAACUGUGAUUGUUAACAUUGUUGUUAUUCGUGAUACCACAACACAGUUCACAGGAGAUGAUCCUCUUAGACUGUUUGUGUCAGAAAGGCAACCAGUCAAUUUUACCAUUACAAAUACUAACAAUAGGAUUACAGCUGUAGACAGCGAUCUUACGGAUAGCCAAAUAACUUUUGAGGUGGUACCAUUUUAUGCAGAAGAUGUUGCAGUCCACUACUUUGAUAUAAGACGAGUGGAUGGAAAUUCAGUAGAUGUUUAUAUAAAGAAUAAUCUGAUGGAAGGUUUUAGAGAUCGAACCAGUUUCCAGCUUCAAGUUGUAGCGUACGAUGCCAACCGACCACGUAACAAAGCAUACAAGCUGGUGAUUAUUCAAGUACAACGUAAUUCUGGAGGUCCUGCUUGGACAUUAUUUGUUGAAGAUGUUAAGAUGAGAGAAGACUUACCACAACUUGGGCUAGUAACCAAAGUUAAUGCUACUGAUGUUUUAGACAAUGAUCGCAUUAAAUUUGACAUUUUGGAUGAAAAUUUGAUCAGAUCUCUUGUAUCUGGUCCAUCAGAUUAUUUCCUGAUUGAUGAAGACACUGGACAAAUUCAGUUAAAGAAGUCAGUUGUUGGCACUGAUAUUGACUCUUUCGAGCUGACAAUUCAAGCAUGUGAUUCUGGUGUUCCUCCAAAGUGUAUUGUAAGAGUUAUGACAAUCGAUGUAGUCAGAGACAGUCAGCCUCCCCAGUUUGGUGCAGAUCCAUUCCAGUUCUUUAUGAAUGAGAAUGAAAAUGUCAGCUAUAGUAUUGGCAUUAUUACCUCAACUGAUAGCAGUCCAAUUGGACAAACCGUAUAUGAACCUAUCGAUAUGCCAAUGUUCUUUGAAUUGAAUAGAACUACAGGCAGAUUAACACUGAAGAGGUUAUUGCUUGGGUACAAAGAUUUAUCUUACAAUUUCCGAGUACAGGCAUAUGAUACUGGAGAACCAUUGUAUAUUGCAACAGCUUCUGUUUUUGUGUUUGUAACAAGAAAUCCAAGUGGUCCAUCUUUUAUUGAUUCACCAUACUUUAGAAGAGUACAUGAGACUUUCCCAUCUGGAAGUUUACUUAUUGAUGUGAAUGCUGAAGACACAGAUGGGGAUACUUUGGUUUACAAACUCAUUGGUAAUGCUGAUGAUUUGAAAUACUUUUACGUCGAUCCCAGCACAGGAGAGAUCAAUCUGAAACAAUCUCUGGUUAACCCACCGAAAACACGAUUCCAAUUUACUAUAGAAGUUAAUGAUCAGCGUAAUAUUCAAGCAAAGACAGAUCAGGCUACUGUUACAAUAGAAGUUGAUAUUGAUGACAAUCCAAAUUUUGUCAGUGGCACAAUUAUUCCAGCCCUUCCUGAGACUGCUAAAGCAGGAGAUUCAGUUCACAAACUUUCAGCUGUUGACAAUGAUUUGGUUGGAAACAUGACUUACAGACUGGUUGGUAUUUCACCUGCUCCAUAUAUGUUUAAUGUUGAUCCUAGAACAGGCGAGAUAACAUUAGCUCAAGAUAUUCUUACAAGUGGUCUCAAUCGACUUAACAGCUAUACCCUUGAUGUGGAGGCCUACGACAGUGCAUAUCCAGAGAACAAAGCUACACAAAGAUUGAUAGUUUCAGUUAUAGUGAACCCAGGUGCCCCAGUGUUCCAACAAUCUAAUUACCGCUUCCCAGUGAAUGAGUCACAGAAUCCAGGAUUUUUGGUUGGCACAGUUCUUGCAACAGACACCGAUGGCGACACAAUGACAUACAGGAUUAUAAGAAGUACAGGUGACCUUACUGACUAUAUUCUUCUAAAUGAGAAAGCUGGCACAAUUGUAACAAGAGAUGUAUUGACUAAAGCUGCCUUUGAUACUUACAAUAUGACAGUGGAGGCUGAUGAUGGCAGAGGUCAGACAGCCCAAGCUUUUGUUGAAAUUAUCAUACUGCGUAACCCUGAUGAUGUUAGACCAAGGUGGAUAAAUUUGGAAGUCAAUGGGCAAUAUAGGGAAUUAAACAUUCUCUACAACUUGCCUGAAAAUACCAUUGUCAGUAGAAAGCCGAAAGCUUUUGAUGACGAUCUUCUUGGCAGAUUACAGUAUGAACUUACUGGUGACAGUGUGGCAUUAGAAUAUUUCAGUAUCAAUGCAGAUAAUGGUGAUAUUACCUUAACGAAAAGUCUUGAAACAGAUUCAUUUUCAGCCUUGGUAUAUAGGUUAUAUCUUGCUGUUUAUGACAAUGCACGACCUGGAAAUAGAGCUGAAACUGCACUUAUUAUCACAGUGUUACGUAAUCCUGGUACACCUUCAUUUGGUGCCAAUGAAAUCCAGUUGAAUGUCCUGGAAAAUCAGCCAAUAGGAUUCACUAUAAAUCAGUUGACAGCAACAGAUACUGAUAAUGAUACCAUCAUCUACAGCAUUGAAGGAGCCUCUCCUGGAACAGAAACCUUUUUCGUACUGAGACAAAAAACAGGGUUAAUAGUAGUCAAUGCUGAUUUGAGAAACAGUAAGCCAACUGGUGAUGUGUACACGUUUACUGCAGUGGCAAAUGAUCAGGGCUUCCCACCAAAGUAUGGUCGUAUUUUAGUGACAAUAAAUGUUGAUAGGGAUCAGUCUAGACCUGUCUUCCAAAGGACAGAAGUGAAUGAAACAAUUGAUGAAAGACUUGGAGUAGACCGCUUUGUAACUUCUGUUUCUGCCACUGAUGCUGACAUCCGCCAGGUUAUUAACUAUAAAGCUGUGAGUGACAGUAGUGCUAUGGCAUAUUUUGAGGUUGGUUUGACAGAUGGUUUCAUCAAUGUGAAGAAAGAUCUGAUGCUGACUAGACAGACAUACUUUAGAAUGGAAAUUGAUGCUUAUGACACCUUCUUCUCCACCAAUACAGCUAGAGCUGUCGUUAACAUAUUUGUGACUAGGAAUGGUGAUGACAUUUCCUUCGUUAACCCAUCACAAUAUUUCGUAACUGUUAAUGAAUACAGACAACUUGCUGAUGAGAUAUUCACAGUUGCAGCUGUUGACCCUGAUGGUGAUUCAGUGACAUACCACAUGAAAGAUGCAAGAGAAGCUGAACAAUAUUUCUACCUUAAUCCUUACACUGGAGUCAUCUCAAUCAAGCAGACUCUAGCACAAAAUAAAGUCAAUGAUACAUAUGUGUUUAUGAUUGAAGCAAGGGAUUCUAGAAUGUAUUUUACAAAGACUGCUACAGCAAGAAUGACCAUCAAUGUAGUCCGUAAUGUUGCUCCAAGAUUUAACAACCUCCCAGAAGAUAUCACAAUCUCUGAAAAUCGUGCAACAGAUGAGGUCAUAUUCACAGUGAUCGGUGUGGAUCAAGAUCUCCUUAGAGGAAGUGUGUUGGUGUAUACUGUGGUUGGUGAUGGUUUUGCUCCAGGUUUAUUCAAGAUUGAUCCAGAUAGUGGACAGGUCUCUAUUAGAUCCAGCCUCAAAAAUGCCAGUGAGCUUGGCUACAACUUGAAAGUGGGAGUUUAUGACAGCCAAAUACCAAGCAUGGUGACAUAUGGAGACUUAGGUAUUAUCAUGACCCGUAAUGAUAAUCCACCCGUAUUUACUGAGAACCCAUAUGUGAGAGCACUAGAAUGGCGUGACGUUCCUGGUAAAAUUGUCGUUGAACUGACUGCCACUGAUGCUGAUGGAGACACUGUGAGCUAUAAUUUUGGAACCAAUGACCAAGUGAUUUAUGAUUACUUUACUCUUGAUACCACAACUGGAGUUAUGACAUUAAGAGACACUCUACCACCUCAACAAACAACCUUCACAGUGCAAGUUGGAGCAACUGACAACCGUGUCCCAGAAAAGACAGCAUCAUCUCGUGUGAUUUUCAAUAUUGAAAUUGAUUCAUUUAACCCUGCUUUUAUUCCACCAAAUGCUGUAAUUGCCUUUAGAACAGUAGAGACUCGACCAAAUGGGUAUGUUAUAGGUAGAGUAACCGCAGAAGAUGGGGAUCUAAGAGGAACAAUAGUAUAUGAAACUGAUGGAGUAAACCCAGCUGAUUACUUCUUCUCAGUAAACCGAACAACUGGCGAGAUCUACAUUAACCAAAACUUGAAGGAUGAUAUACGUGCUAGACUGACUUACACUUUGUAUGUAAUUGCCUAUGAUAGUGAUGUACCAGAAAACAAGGCAAGGGUAGAAGUCCAAAUCACUGUAGACCGUAACCAAGGGAUACCACAAUUUCAACCUGCUGUUUACAAUAUACGACUGGAUGAAUUCUAUGAUUUAGCUGUCAGCGUUGUCAACAUAACUGCAGUAGAUCUUUUAGAUAAUGAUAGAAUCAGCUAUGAGAUUCAAGAUACCAGCUUAAACAGAAUUGUAACGCAAUACUUCUACAUCAACUCUGUCACAGGCGAUAUAUAUCUACGUAAAAGUUUGAUUGGCACUGACAUUAAUCGCUUUGAUUUUACUGUUCGAGCCACUGAUGAUGGAAAACCUGCCCAGUCUGCCACAGCAAGUGUUACAAUUGAAGUGAUUAAAGCUGGUAUACCAAGAUUUGAAGAACCAUAUGAAAACACAGUUGGAGAGAAUAUUCGAAUUGGAACUGAAGUUAUUAAAGUUAAUGCUGUCCAUCCUAUACCAGGGAGGAAUGAUGACUUGGUAUUUGAGAUAAUUGGUAAUCCACCUAGUGCAUAUUACUUUGCUAUCAAUGGUACUGAUGGUGAUAUCAGUGUCAUCAGAAGCUUGAAAGAAGACGACAGGGACUUUUAUAUUAUCAAAGUUAAAACCUAUGAUCCCAAAACAGAAUCUCGCACUGCAACUCAAGACAUCAGAAUUAAUGUGAUAAGAAAUAUUAAUGAUCCAGUAAUACCAGAUGACUCGUAUACAGUAACUUUAUAUGAUGAUGAGCCAAAAAAUACAGUUGUCAUUCAAUUAAAUGGAACUGAUGCUGAUGGGGACCAGCUUGAAUACUCUAUAACUGGUGACCAGCGUUGCUUUGACACAUUUAGAAUACAAUCAACUAUAGAAAACUAUGGUAUAUUAUACUUGAACAAGGAUCUUGUUGACACAACAGGCAUUAACUUUUUGUGCAACAUUUUGGUCACUGACAAUGGAAAACAGCAGCCCAGAACAGAUACCACCAGGGUUAAUAUAAAUGUCAUUCGUGUACCUCCACCAGCUUUUGUCCCCAAUAAUGAAUAUAGAUUUACAAUCAAUGAAAAUGAAAAUAUUGGAUUUGAUGUUGUAACAUUGAAUGCAAUAAAAGAUGAUUUAAAGGGACGUAUCUUUUAUGAGAUGGUAGGCAAUUACCCAGCAGAAUCUUUCUUCCGAGUUGACAACAGAACUGGUCUUGUAGAGUUGUACAAUGAUCUAAGAUUAGAUUUAUUGCGAACAAUGACUUACGUGAUAAAGAUUGAAGCCUACGACACAAUGCGGCCCAAUUUGAGAACAACUGCUACAGUGUAUGUAACUGUUACGCGUAACCUCAAUCCUCCGAGGAUGAUUCCUCCCACUGUAGAAAUAAACGUUGAUCAAGAUGUGAAAAUCCCAUCCUGGGGAUAUCCAGUCAAUGUUACAGAUCCUGAUAGUGCAAAUCCAACCUGUUCUAUCAUUGGAAAUCCAAAGGCACAAGAAUACUUCCAGAUCAACCCAGAUACUUGUCUGAUUACAUUGAAGAAAAGUCUAGCUGAUGAUCCAGAUCUUACCACAAGAUAUGCUAUUCAAGUUAGAGUUGAUGACAACACCUCACCAAAUAAGUUCACAACAGGUUUUGUUUAUGUGAAUGUAGAGAGGGACCAAUUUAAACCUCAAUUAAAUCUCCCAAGGACAGUCACUGUUGAAGAAUCAGCUCCAAUUGGUUUUCUUGUUUUUGAUGUGGAUGCCACUGAUGCAGAUAAAAAGGGAGAUUUUGUAUACAACAUCAUUGGUGACUUCCCAGGUAGCCAGUAUUUUGUGAUUGAUGAUCAAGGUAGAAUUACUGUCAGAUACACACCAAAAUCAGACACCUUAGAAUCUUCUUCAUACACAUUACAAGUUGAGGUGUAUGAUAGUGUAUGGCCUAACAACAAAGAGCGUGGUACUCUCACAAUAAAUAUCAACCGAAACCCAGGAAAACCAGAAUUCACACAAGAUGUCUAUGAGAGAACAAUUAAUGCAGAUUUCCCAGUUGGUGAUAUUAUUCUGACAGUGAAUGCCACUGAUUCUGAUCAGGACAAACUGACCUUCAUCAAACUAUCACCUGAUCUAAAUGACAUUCUAUACAUGUCUGAGAGUGGAGUUGUGUACCUGUUUGAAGAUUUGAGUGAUUUAACUGUGAGAACUACAUACACUUUCCAAGUGGAAGUCCGCGAUAACCGUAAAACAAAUCUACAACAGGAUACUGCCACAGUCCGUGUGAAUGUUAUUCCUCUGGCUGGACCACCCACCUUCCAAAACCGAUUCAUCGAAAUUGAGGUUCCAAUUACUCAAGCAAUUAACUCUACCUUCAAUUCAGUCAUUGCAUCGGAUGUUGAUCUAAGAGGUCAAAUUCGGUAUGUUUUGGAUGGUAUGCCACCAGGGACAUCAUACUUUGGUCUGAAUGAAGAAACCGGAGGAAUUUAUGUAACAAAUAGUCUUGUGAAUGACUUUAGACAGUACACGCUCCUUAUCUAUGCCUACGACACAGAACUUCCAAAAGAUAGAGGUUUCAUUACAGUUUCCAUUAAGAUUCUAAGGAACUUGAACGCACCAAGGUUUGACAGUGGGCAGACUACAUACUUUGCCACAAUUAAGGACUAUGACCCGCCUGGAACAUCUGUUAUACAACUAAAGGCUACUGAUAAUGAUAUUACUUCUCCAGAGAACCUUGUGGAGUAUGGGCUGGCUGUUGGCAAUAUUGGCACAGAUUACUUCAGAAUUGAUCCAAACACUGGACUUAUCUCCGUUAUUCAGCGUGCUUCAUUUGAUCCAGCUAAACCAAAUACAUAUGUGUUAUUCAUUACUGCCAGUGAUCGUAGUGUAGACCUUAAUGAUGUUCGAAUGGUAACAGCAACUGUUACUGUUAAUGUAGAACGAAAUGUUCCUCCAACAAUUUUAGACAGGACAGGCUAUGUGAAAACAAUAACUGAAGGUAUUCCAAUAGACACAGAAGUGCUUGUUGUAAGAGCAACUGAUGCAAACCCAGCUGACUCAUUAAAUGGACAGCUUGUAUAUGAUAUUAUAGAUAGUGAAGCAGCUAAGAAAUUCCAGAUUGACAGAAUGACUGGUAAUAUAACAACAAGAAUAUCUCUAAAAGGUAUAAGCCCCCUCAGUUGGAACUUCAAUGUUCUUGUGAGUGACAAUGGUAUACCCUCAUUGAAUGAUACAGCACAGGUUACAAUUAAUAUUCAGAAAAUUGGUGGACCAAGCUUUGAUCCAGCAGAACUUAGUGUGAACUUUGAUGAGAACCUCGCAGAUGAUGCUUUUGUUGUAAGGUUGAGAGCAAAUGAUCCUACACCAGAUGGACCUUUGAUUUAUGUGAUCAGAGGAGAUGGAUUGGCCCCUGAAUAUUUCAGACUGGAAAUGGAUGGUGAUUCAGCCGUAGUAUAUCUAAACAAAUCAUUCUUGUUAGAUAGCAACAAAACACCAUUUUAUAAGAUGAGAGUUCACGCAUAUAGGCAAAACGAUCCAACUGUCUAUGCAGAAGCAAUUGUUUAUGUAUAUGUAAGAAGGAAUCCAACAACACCCAGUUUCUUACAUGGAGAUCUUGUUUUCAACAUUGAUGAGAACAUUCCUGUUAAUACUGCUUUUGGAGAUGUAAAUGCAACUGACCCAGACAAAGGCUCGAAUGGAGAAAUAAAAUAUACUAUAAGUAACACUGAAUUGUCUCCAAAUUAUCUACGAGAGUAUUUUGCUAUCAAUGAGUUCACUGGCAAACUUAUAGUAACUUCAAAUCUAAUGCAAGACCCAAAAACAUUCCAAUAUGUGAUGACAGUAGUUGCUCAAGAUCAGGGUGUACCUGUGAGAGAGGCAUAUGUAAAAGUUACAGUGAAUGUGUUCCGUAAUCCAAAUCCACCACGAUUUUUGAGGACUCCAUACAGGACAGAAAUAAAUGAGAAUGAACCAGUAGGCUAUGAAGUUAUCCGUGUGGAAGCUGUUGAUGCUGACAAUGAUCCAGUCAUUUAUGCAAUCAAGGAUGAAAAGCCACAAUCUCUCUACUUUAAGAUUGACCCCAGGACAGGUGUUAUCACAACAAAUGCAGUCCUGUAUGAUGACAAUGUACUGUCUUACACCAUAACUGUAAUGGCUAGGGAUGAUACAGCAGCUUCUAGAGUGUCUGAGAUCCCUGUUAUUGUUGACAUAUUAAGAAAUCCAAAUUCACCAAUAUUUACUCAAGCUGGGGGAAAUGUAUCAAUUUCUGAAUACAGUGAAAUUGGUUUUGAUGUGAUCACUUUAACUGCCACAGAUAAAGAUAAUCCAAACAGCAACAGUGGUAUCCUCCGCUACAAAUUUGGUACAAUACAACCCUCAGAUGCAAAUCAAUUUUUCUCUAUCAGUCCAAUAGUUGGUGAAAUUAAAGUUGCAAAAAGUAUGAUAAGAACCACACCUAUACCUAUGUCAGUCUCUCUUGAAGUGCUAGCAUACGAUUUGUCAGUUCAGCGCAAGACGGCAACAACAACAGUAACAGUGAACAUAGUACGUAACCAGUUUGCACCAGUUUUCCGAAACGGAAUAUCAUAUGAGGUAACAGCAUACGAAACUGAUCGUACAGGAUUAGUCAUAGUAAAUCUACCAGCAACAGAUCCAGAUAGAAAUGUGCCACUCAAUGCAGAUACACCUAAUGCUGAAAUAGAAUAUAGUUUAGAGGGUGACAUCAACUCUUACUCGAGAUUCUUUGAAAUAAGACAAAAUGGAGAAUUGAUCAUUAAACAACAGCUCUACUUCCCAACACUUCAAGACAACUUUAUCACAUUAAAUGUCAUAGCCUCUGACAAAGGUUGGCAACCAAGAUCCACUACUGCAACAAUUAAAGUAAAUAUAAUAAAGUACAAUGGCACAGAUGCAGAACUUGGCUUUAUUCAACCAGUCUGGGUAAUACCAAUUAAUGAAAAUGAAAGAGCUAACACAAUAGUAGAGGAACUUGAUGUUGUUAACCAGGAUGGUGCUGUUGUAUGUACAAUCUUAGAUGGAAAUUUCCAGGGACAGUCUGGCCCUCUGUUUUCAUUUGAACCAGAUGACUUUAACAAGAAUUGCAAGUUAAUCUUACGUGGAGAACUGGAUUAUGAGAAACAACAGAGAUACAUACUCAGCGUGCAAGUCGCCGAGUCAAGAACUAAACGUCAAGCACCAUCCAUAUACAAUGCAUGGAGACAGGCAACUGUUUAUAUAAAUGUGAUAGAUGUAAAUGACAACUCACCAAAAUGGGUUAUCCCUGUUUAUCCACAACAAAAUGCUGAAACAAAGAAUAAAUACUUUGGGCUAUACCAGACAGGCAUGUUUCCACAAACAUUGAUCACCUCCAUCUCUGCUACGGACAUUGACUCUGCAAAUCUUGGCCUUGUCGAGUACAACCUUGGUCUGGAAGAGAAAAAUUUCCCUGCAGACAUCAACAUGCCAUUCUCACUUAAUAGAAAUAAAGGAGACGUAAGAACUGAUAGUGAAAUGAAGGGAGAAGUUCCAACCUAUAGGUUUCCUGUUCAAGCCAAAGACAACCCAGGCCAAUCCACAAACCAGAACAGUAUUGAUGCUGAAGUUAUUAUUCAUCUUGUAGAAGACAAGCAUAGAUUUAUUGCUGUGUUACCUGGUGUACCUUCUAACUAUGAUGAAGAGGUGGAGACUCUACGAAGAGCAAUCCAAGAAUUCACUGGCUACAUCUGUUUGGUAGAUAAAUAUCAAGAUAAACGUGUACAAAAGGGACAAAAUGAGGUGGAGAGAAUGAAUACUGGAACUGAUAUAGUUUUUGCCUUGGCUCAGCCAGACGUCAUGCCCAACUUCCCACUUCUUCUUAACACAGACCCAGCUGUUCAAAACUUAUAUGAUGGUCAGUUUAUACGGUUCAUUAACGAUGACCAUAACCUGAAAGUGGAGGAAGUUCACCAACCAUAUCCUGGUGCAGUCACACGUGACUUUGUUCUCACAAAAUCCUAUAUCUGGUGGACUGAUGAUCCAUGGGCAUCCCUCAUUGCACUUGUUGCUAUAUCUAUUUUACUGGCUAUUGUGGGAAUUAUAGUCCUUGUGUUCACUCAUUCAAGAUACACUAAAUACAUUAACAACUACCGAGUCUACCAGACGACUUAUCAGACUCCAGAGUUUGUAGAGCCGCCAAAUUUCUUAAGAGAAUACGAGACUCAAAGUUUAGCUAUGUACGUGCCGCCUGACGAUGCUAUUGGUGCUGAUGGAGAGAUACAUUUGCAUUUAUCAGCUGAAGGAAUCUCAUCAAUAGAUCAGACAGGAACAGCUGCUAUAAAUCCAGUCUACAUUCCAGACAAUGAUGAACAAACUGUGGUACAAACAACUUACACUCGUGAUGCACAAGACACUACUCUGCUGUAAAUACAAUAUACAACUGCUUGCCAUAUAUCUGAACAAUAAAAUAAUGUGCAAAAACUCUACAACCAUGUGUCAUUAUAAUUCUGGAACAAAUAACCAGAAGGAAAAAAACAAAAAACUUUGGACUCAUCAGAAUGUGCAAACAAAAUAUAGACAUUAGUGUUUGCAACUGUUAAUGUUGAAAAAUCAAAGAAUUGUUACGAAUUUAGAUAAAGUUUAUUUUGGAUAGAAUUUUACUAUUUUUUCUGCUUUGUUUUGAGCUUCUAUUACUUUACACUUUUCUGAAUUUUGACACAAAAUAUUUCAAAAGGGUUGUUAUUUUUUUUAGUAUAUUAGAGUUGUUAAAUUUAUAACAUGAAAUGUUGCAGAAUAUAGCUGUUGUUUUUUUUUUUUUCUUCAAUAUUUGUAGUUGAGCUUUUAUAGACAGUCAAACUUUUUCAAAAUACUAUUAGGUCCAGUGAUUUUUUAAAUCAUAAUAGUUGUUUGUUUUUUACUAUCAAAUCACACUUAACAUUUAUUCUCAUUUUUGUUAUAUAAAUGCUUUUCCCUUUCCCACAAUACUUGCUUUAGCAGCACCUAUUAUGAAUUUUUAAUGAAAAAUUUGUCUCAGUUUUAAUUGAAAAGAAUCUCUUUUGUUAAUAUUUGUACCUGAAAUGAUACUCGAGUGUUAGUGAGCUUAGUUUUAUUUUAGAAUUUCUCCUAUAAAUAAGUACAUAUAUAUUAUAUAUAAAGUUAUAUGUUUUGCAACUAUAGUUAUGCACAAAUAAUGUUUACUGCUGUUCUUAUAUAUAUAUAUACAUACAUAUCAUUUUUAUUGUUACAGUGCUAAGAAUUAUUUUUGUACAGUGAGAGAGAUAAAUCCAUGUCAUUAUCUCCCCUAGACUUAUACCUACUGUUUAUAUACCAGUAUUGGUAUAUACAUUAGUUACUGUGAAUGGGGUGAACUAUUACUCUUUGUAUUGUUCAAUUUGUGCUAUAAAUGAGAAAACAAUGAAUUUUUCAUAAAUAGCUUUUGCUAAAUUUGAGAUUUGUAUUUUUUUAUAAAUAAAGUAAUAAAAAUGAUUGAUAAUA